AAUUGAUUUACUUUUUUAAUAGGAAUGAAAAUGCCUUCUGAAAACUUUGCAAUGGGAAUUUUUCUCUCCUGCCAGAUUAUAGUGGGAAUCCUAGGCAAUUCCUCAAUAGUAUUUUAUUAUAUCAUUUUGGUGUUCACUGGAAAACAUUUAGUUCCCAAAGAUCUGAUUAUAGAGCACUUGACUAUUGCCAACUGCUUGACUAUCAUCUUAAGAGGCAUUCCACAGACAAUGUCAUAUUUUGGAUUUAAAUUAUUUCUGGAUGAUAUUGGAUGUAAAUUGAUCGUGUAUAUUUCAAGAGUAACAAGAGGGAUGAGCCUGUAUGCAAUGUGCCUAUUGAGUUGUUUCCAAGCAGUCACAAUCAGACCCAGCAAUUCCAGGUGGACGAAGCUGAAAUACAGAGCCACCAAUUGCAUUGGUCCCUCCUGCUCAGUUAGUUGGCUUUUCCACCUACUUCUAAACAUCUUGAUUGCAACAAGAGUGUCAGGUCCCACUUACAAGGAAAAUGUGACUAACAGGUUGAGCUAUGCAUACUGCUCAUUGUUUGCUUCUGACAUUGUGGAAACUAUGCUGUACAUGUUCAUACUGUGCUUCUCUGAUGUCCUGUGUCUGUGUCUCAUGACCUGCUCAAGUGUCUCUAUGGUGAGUAUCCUCUACAGACAUAAGAGACAAGUCAAACAUAUCCACAGUGCUCAACACUUUCUGAAAGUCUCACCUGAAGACAGAGCCACUCAGACUAUCCUCAUCCUGCUGUGCAUAUUUGUCAUCUCUAACUCAUUCUAUUCUUUUGUAGCUGUCAUUAUGGCCUGCUCCAAAUAUCCAUUGCCAUGGUCAAUAAAUAUAUCUACAUUGAUAGAAAUAUGCUUUCCAGUAGUUUGCCCCGUUGUUCUCAUUAGCAAUAUGAAGGCCAACUUUAGCCUGUUUUUACGAUGCUUUGGUAAGAGGUAA